AUGGUUGGAAUUCCUAUCUUUUUAUUUCUUCUUAUUCAUAUAAAUUUAUCCUCCACGACCACAACUCUAGUGAAACAUCAUUGCCAAGUUGAACCUUAUACGGAGACAAUAUAUCUUCAGAAUUGUAGGAGCCAGCCAAUUAAAAUUGAUACAACUCGUUGUCGUGGUCAAUGUUAUUCAGAAGAUCUUCUUAUCUAUGAUUGGCAAAAUGCACCAACACAUUAUCGACAUAAGCGUCAUCUUUUUUGUUGUUCACCCACGAAUACUGAAGCUCAAGAAAUUCGAGUAACAUGUGAAAAUGAAAAUGAACCACAAACAGUGAAAUAUCGUUUUGUAAUAAGUUGUGAAUGUAAACCUUGUAAUGAUAGAUGCACAGAAUGA